AUGGAAGAAGGAGCUUUGAAACAAAAGGCCAGAACAAAGUGGAUACAGCUAGGUGAUUCUAAUACUAAAUAUUUCUCAGCUGUAAUGAAAGAAAGGAGCCAAAGGAAGCAAAUAGUGGAGCUGCAAUCUAUCACUGGCAGCAGAAUAACUGAUUCAGAAAGUAUUAAGACAAGAGGUGAUCUGAAGGCAGUUCAAGUAAUGCAGCAGAAAUUUCAUCAAUUCACUCAGGAAUCAGGGCUACAAGCAAACCUCAGCAAAAGUGAAGCAUAUUUUGGAGGAGUUCCUUUGGAAGAUAGACUACAAAUGCUGCAGCUUUUGGGGCUUUCUAAUGGUGAACUACCUUUCAAAUACCUAGGAGUACCUCUAUCUACUAAGAAACUAAGCAUACUGCAAUGGCAGCCCCUUAUUGAUAAAAUGACUACAAGGAUCACUUCAUGGACUGCUAAGACCUUGUCAUAUGCAGGAAGAGUGCAAUUAGUCCAAAGUUUUCUGUUUGGUAUUCAGGCUUUCCGGGCACAACUGUUUAUCCUCCCAACAAAAGUGAUCAAGAUUGUAGAGGGUCUAUGUAGAUCUUAUGUAUGGUCUGGUGCAAAUAAAAUCACAAAGAAGGCCCUACUGGCAUGGGAUAGAGUAUGUCUACCUAAGGCUGGAGGUGGACUUAAUAUUGUUAAUUUGAAGUUGUGGAACAAGGCAGCUAUUGCUAAGAACUGCUGGGACUUAGCUCAUAAACAAGAUAAGCUGUGGAUCCGUUGGAUUCAUACAUAUUACAUUAAGAAUCAGCAGUUGAUCACAAUGCUAAUACCUCAGCAAGCUUGUUGGAUGGUAAGGAAAGUGAUAGAGGCAAAGAGCCACUGGAAACUAGCAAUAUGUCCAAACUCAUAA